UUUGGAUUUUGAAAUACCAAGAAGCGCAGGCACAGGGAAGGCACCAAAGGAGGAGGAGGAGAUAGGGGUCACUCUCACUCGGGGGGUCAAAUUGUCCAAGGGGCGAAGCAAAAGCGUCGUCGUCGGCGGCGGAGUGUCCUAGGAGAGACAAGACAAGAGGCGAGAUGAAGGCGACGUUGAAGGGGCGCUUCGAGGGCGACAAGGCCACGGCCGCCACGACCCUGGCCGUCCCCGCCGCCGGCGACCUCCGCCUUAAGGCCUCUGCCACCGAGGCCGCCUUCUCCAACGGUCCCUCCCUCCGCGGCCUCACCCUCACCCUGGAGAAGCCCGGCGCCUUCCUCAUCGACCUCAAGCCACACAACCAAGAUGUGCGUUUCCAGUUCAUGAACUCGGCGCAGGUGCUCGACAAGCGCGUCAGCCUCACCUACAUCCACUCCACCAGCCUCGCCCCCGCCGCCGCGCCGCCCUCCCGCACCGCGCUCGAUUGCACCGUCACCUUCGAUCCGGCCAACAAGGUCAACGUCUCCCACGCGCUCGGCUCAGGAGGAUGCCGCGUCAAGUACACCUACGCUCAUGGAACCGACCGCCUCACCACCAUCGAGCCCCUCGUCGACACCAACAAGAACGCCUGGGAGUUCGCCGUCACCAGAAAGUUCGAGGCAGGGGACGCCGUCAAGGGCACCUACCACGCGUCCACCAAGCUUCUUGGCCUCGAGUGGAGUAGGGACUCCAAGGCCGGCGGAUCCUUCAAGGUUGCGAUGUCUUUUGAUUUGUCUGACCAAAGCAAAGCACCAAAGCUAGUAGCGGAGAGCACGUGGAAUUAUGAGAUAUGAUUGCCUCUAUCAGCAGGCAGCUCCUUCCUAAAUAGCACCCUUCUCAUACUGUUUACUGUGUCUGGUACUAUUUUUUAGGGUGCGCCAUGGUUUAUACCUGGUUAUGUUAUUCAUUUUUGCCUGUCAUGCGACGGGAGUUUUCACUGGCGAUUCAGUGCUAUGACAUUCUUAUAUGCGCGUGAUGAACACGAGUGUCUUGUGGCAAAGAAAAUCUCUGCAUUGGUGUUU